UUCAGGUACUGUACAGUAGUUGUAUCCCCAACAAUCCGAAGCUUUCUUACUACUAGUUAACUAGUCAUGAAAAAAGAGCAUCGUCCCCACCCCACCACCUACCAUGGUGUGCCCAAUCGUUCUUGAGUAGCGCGCAAAGAGUAAGAAACCAUAUUCAUGAAAGUAUUAGUAAUUUUAACUUCAACGUAUAGGUUGAAUCUCGAGAGGACGAGGAACAGAAUGUUAAACUCCUGGAAACGGUUGAUUUGUUGUUAGCUGCCGGAUAUUUUCGAGCUCGAAUCAAAGGCCUUUCUCCUUUUGAUAAGGUUUGUUAAAUUAGGUUUAUUUUUAUGAUGUACUGUUAUUUAAAUAUAAGUGUCUUGAUGUUCUAAUAAAGGCUGUUACGAUCUAGUGGUAUACUAUUGUCAUUCUGGCCUAUAUGACAACGACUGCUGACUCCACUAUUCCUGGGGCCGGUUGUAUAAAACUCUUAAUCACUUUUUUAGUCACUAUUUUAAAUAGUGAUUAACUCUCAAAUACGCGCUUCUUAUUGGAUAACUGGCGUUUGCACUUAAUUAUAGUUAACUUUAAUCACUUUUUUAUACAACCGGCCCCUGUUCAUCAGUUUAUGGCGAGAUUUGAAAUGUGACAUCUUUACACGCAUUCUGGCGUAUAAAAAUAAGAAAAUUACUGCCAACGCCACAAUUCCUCUUCAUUUAGUUUAUGGCGACAUUUAAAUACAACCACUUUACGCUUGCGUACCGUGGCGUAGCCAGCCCGACAAUUUAGUCAUGCUAUGCAAAUAUCAAAUCAUCAUUCAUUUCUUUAGAAAUCGAUUGUUUUUACGGUCGGUGAACAGAGAAAUAUUUGCAUAGCAUGACCAAAUUGUCGGGCUGACUACGCCACUGCUGGCGUAUUCGAUACACCAGAAUACGAAUCGUACACGAGCGUCUAAAGCCCAUUUUCCACUAGGCGAAUUUGUUCGCGCGAAGCGAAAAAAUCUUUGCGAUGUGAUUGGUCAGCGAAAUAAUUAAUCGACACGAAAGAGUUGGUUCAGUUCCUACUUUUUACUGUUCGCGCCAACAAAUUCGCCUGGUGGAAAAUGGGCUUAAAGGCCCACAUAGACCGGACGCGAUUUGGCAACGCGACACGAAUUUUCAGUUUUCAAUUACAUUUAACUUUAAUAUAUUUCAAUGUUUUUCAAAUAUUCUGAACCACUUAAGUCUUAAGCAAUUUUAGCUAUUUGGUCUGCAUAUCUUGUAAAAUAUUUAUCCGUUGAUGGUUUUAUUUGUUUUUGAAAACUGAAAAUUCGCGUCGCGUUGCCGAAUCGCGUCCGAUCUGUGUGGGCCUUCAGAGAGACCCACUAAGCUGGAUCACACGUCGCGCUAGGUGGCAGCCUGCGAGCAGGUGUAUAAAUAAUGUCCGAAUAAACGCCUGCUUGCAGGGUAGCUAGGUGGAAUCUCAUGCAGUCAUCUGGGAUAGAAUUUUCUAUAUCAAUGCUUUAUCCUGACUCCUUUGCAAACCUCAGUGGUUGAAUGUUGCUGACUGCGAGAGAGACCACGUCCUGACUGAAAUGAACAUUUUUGUCUAUCCUCCUCCGCAGGCAUCUCACCUGAGGAAUCGGCCCAUUCGCAGGCUUAAACCGAUAGAGAGGCCUGCUGGGAGGCUAAUUUUUGUCGAUUUUCAUCGAACUUUUAACCACGCUAUUGUAUGCUAGAUUGCUAGGUGUAUAAUUAUACAAUUUAUGUAACACCUGAUGAAAUUCUGGUCAUUCAAUUGGCUGAUUAUGAUCACGUGAUAUAGAAAAUCAUAUUCGCAUUGUAAUCGUAGCUUAUUUAACUAUAAUUUUCAUAUACUGAGACCAAUGGAAUUAAAUUCAAAUAGCAUAAUUCGUGCGAAGCAAAAUGGCGGGUGUGUAAAAAUGCAAUAUUUUUAUGAUAAUUUUUACGAUAAAUUACCGCCAUUAUCAUAUUAAUUCUUCACUAAAACAUUUGUUGGCACACUGGAUUUUAAUUAUUUUUGAAAAAGGUAUAUUUAAUUCACUUAAAAAUUUGAUCUAUUUUCAGUAUUUUGGUAUCAUAUAAAACAAAUACUUCAGACCUCUCAACGUUGCAGAGAAGUUAAGAGUGAGAUUGGGGAUGUGGAUAACACCUUUGUAAAAGUCCGGGGGUCUGAAAUCGCAUUUCGUGCAUUAUAAGAUGCGACUGAUACAGUAAUGAGCUUUAAUUUGCCUUUGAUAAUUUACAUAUUGAAUUCUGCUCCGACUGAUUCUGCCUUUUUUCGGCUGUAUUUACAUAUGCGUACUAUUUUGUAUCCAAAUAGACCUUUCCCCUUAUAACCAAAAUUUUGAUCUAGGCAAGUUUAGACAAAUAUUUCAUAACAGUUGGAAAUUUCAUAACAGUUUAGACAAAUAACAGUUUUUCAUAAUAAAAAUUUCAUAACAGUUUAGACAAAUAUUUCAUAACAGUUUUGUGAUGCUCAUAAAGAGCAUCACAAAAUUAGUAAUAUUCCAAAAUUUCGUUGCGAAAUGUUGUAAAAUGAGGAAAAUAGAGCCUUGCGAAGUUUGCAAUUUUCAGUCAUUUUGCAUUACAAACGGGAAAUUGCAGCCCCAACACCCGAAUCGGAUGUCAAUUUCCCGUUUGUAAUACAAAAUGACUGAAAAACGGCAAACUUCGCAAGGCUAUAUUAUCCGCAUUUUACAAGAUUUCGCAACAAAACUUUGGAAUAUUACUAAUUUUGUGAUGCUCUUUCAAGCUGUGAUGAAAUUUUUGUCUAGGUCGAAAUUUUAGUUAUAAGGGGAAAGGUCCAUUGCGGGCAAAAUGUCGGGCCGUAUAUGCAGGAACAAUAACAUAUACGCGAUCAUAUAUUCGAUUCGCGAUCCGUAUAAUGAUUAUAAUAAUGUGCAUUUAAGGAUACAAUAUUAUAUUAUUGAAAAAAUACUAUGAAAUUGCUAUAUGCGUGAGAUUUGAAACAUGGCGUGAGAGCGUGAAAGUGAAGCGAAUUGCGUGAGACUCACGCCGAAUGCGUGAGAGUUGAGAGGUCUGAAUACUUUGGUAAAACUACUUUCAUUGGCUAAAAAUGGUAAAAAUGAAAAUAUUUUUACCACUACUCUAAUAAACAUUUAUUAUUUGUAUAACUAGCAUUAGCGCUAACCUUGGCUUAAAAUUUAACCUGCUGUUUUGGUUUUUGCAUGUUACAGUAGUUUGUUUCGAAACUUUUGAAAAUAAAAUUUCUCUUUGAUCCAGAAAUGAUUUCUGGAAAAAAAUUGUCAAGUUUAUUAUAACAAGCUGUCUGAUAGAUUCCUAGUUUGAAGUUUUUCACCAACCCAGGAUUAAGCUAACCAGCUUUCGAACACCUGGCCCCAGGGUGUGGUAUGAUUUGCUUAACCUUUGUUGGUACGUGGUAGGGUGAUAAGGUUUGCAUAUAGGUACACAUUAAUGUAUUUUUCAUUUCUGAUCAUUUUGCUUUUGAAGGUCGUUGGUGGAAUGACAUGGUGCAUUACAUCUUGUGAUAUCGACCUGGAUGUCGACUUACUGUUUCAAGAAAACUCAACAAUUGGUCAAAAAAUGUGAGAAUUUUCAAUACACAAUAUUGUAGUUUCAUAUAUAAAUGUCCUGGAAGAAUAUUUAACUGUUUUAUUAUUAUAAAUACAUAUCAAUUACGGCAUAUGUGGUUUUAUCCAUAUGGCUGGCGCCAAAAUCUUUGUCGAUUUAAUUUCAUCGAACUUUUAACAACCACUAUACUGCAUGCUAGAUUGCUAGGUGCAUAUAUAAUACAAUUUGUAUAACACCUUAUUAAAUUCUGGUCUGAUUAUGAUCACGUGAUAUGGAAAAUCCUGUUCGCAUGGUAAACGUAGCUCAUUUAACUAUAAUUUUCAUAUACUGAGACCGAUGGAAUUAAAUUCAAAUAACAUAAUUCAUGCGAAGCAAAAUGCACAAUACACAAAAUUGUAGUUUCAUCUAAAUGUCCUCGAAGAGUAUUUAACGUCUGCUUUAUUAAAUACGUGUAUCAAUAGCCGAAUUCAUCUUAGGGACGGGAAACUCGUCUGUCAAAACCCGUCUGAAUAUGAAUUUAGGGACGGAUAAAUUCGAAUUUAAGACGGGUUUCCCGUCUAGAUGGGAUUCCCGUCUAACUUUCCCGUCUGUUUGGACGGGUAUAGUUAGACGGGAAAGUUCGGACGGGAAACUCGUCUGCCCCCGGAUUCAUAUUAGACGGGUUUCCCGUCUAAGACGAGUUUCCCGUCUAAGACGAGUUUCCUGUCUAAGACGAGUUUCCCGUCUCUAAUAUGAAUUCGGCUAAUUAUAGCAUAUGUGGUUUUAUUCAAUGGCUGGCGCCAAGAAACUGUCAGUGUUAAUCUUAAGCGACGUUUUUGUUAUUCUUAAGAGCUUAAGCUCCCUAAUCGCACAUUAACGAGUCACGUUUACCUGUAGAUCUUUGACAGAAAAAAUUGUCGCUGUUUUGCCCAAAAUGAAGUGUCCACAUCGAUUAGAGCCACAUCAAAUCCAAGGAUUGGAUUUUAUUCAUAUUUUCCCAGUUGUCCAGGUAAUUUAUUGUGCGGUGUAUUUGUAUGUUACAAUGAUUGCCAAUUAUUUUUCUCUGAAAGAUUAUUAAUAUGUUCAAGGGAAUGAAUCAUUUACCAAAUAUGAUUAUAAUAUAGCAUUUGUAAAUUCUGAACGCUGAUUGGCUAAGAGCCAUGUUGACAUAUCUCAAUAUCAACACGGAAAAUUUCUUUCUUAAAAUUUCUUUGUGCUAUAUUAUGCAAAAAAUAUAAAAUUAAACAUUUUUCCGUAUUGAUAUACAGUUAUAUACAGUAUCAACACUCGUGGACAUUGGGAAAACUUGAAAUUGUGUGAAAACACUCCGCCCUCUGGGCCGUCGUGUUUCCACACAAUUUCUCGUUUUCCCAAUUUCCACUCGUGUUGAUAUAACUGUAUACCAACACGGAAAAUGUUUUAUAUUUGUUAGAUAUUAACUACCAAUAGACACUUCCGAAUUUACUGGCUGGCAAUGACACUCUUUAAUAUUUACAAUGAAUUAUAAUUAUCCGCCUCCAUUUUAAGCUAUUGUUCCGUCUGCACUCAAACAAGUUCGAGAAGCGUCUUUUAUCUAAAAACUCGUACAUUAUUUUGGUCAGCCCAGUGAGCUCCAUAUCAGGGCUGCAAAUAAAUAUUUGACUUGACAGGACAUUUGUCCGAUCACUUUUAAUUUUGGUCGGACAUAACUUGAAUUUGGUCGGACAUAUAUACGUCACAAGAUAUAAUAUAAGUUACGAGACAAGUAUGUAUAGCCAUUCGGGCGUAACGUUAAGUAAAAUGCUAGAAUGCCUCGUAAAUGUUAUUGCAAAAUGCAUAUUGAGUGAAUUUGCAAUCGGAUUUUGUCACAGCAAAAAAAAGUGUAAUGUGACAAUAUAUUUUUUUGAUCGGACCAAUGUCCGAUCCAAAUUACUUUUGCUCGGACAUUUGCCAUAUUUACUCGGACAUUUUGCCAUAUUUUUUCUAACAAACUGUAUCGCUUACCAAGUUAUCAGUUCAUAAAACCAUAGUGUUAUUCUUUAAAUCGAUGUCAAAAUACAAAUUUCGGCACACUCCUUGCCAAGAUGGCAGAAAUUGAAGGAGCUAUUGGACGUCAGUUCCAGUCCCUUUCUAUUGUUUUUGUCUGCGCGGUUAACACGAAGCUGGCUUCACUUUUUGGACUCGAGUUCUCGCUCCAUAUAUAUAUGGAGCUCAUUGGGUCAGCCAUGUACUGUAGAUGCAAGUAUAAAUUUUUUAUCAUUGGCAGUGGCUUGUGAAGAAAGCUAUUGAAACUCGCGAAGAAAUGGGUGACUACAUCAGGGAAUUUUCCGUCUCGCAAUUUAACAAGAAUUAUUCAUCACCACAGGUUUGUUCACAGACCUCGUAAUUGACCGAUUCGAAAACCAGCUACAUAAUUUUUUCAUUAUUUUAUAUUUUCUGCAUUACCUGGUUAAUAAAUUAUUUUUCAAGCGAGACUGCAAAGUGCAAGAGUUUAAGAUUGGAAACAAUCCAUGCAAGCGAAAUUAUAGCCUUUUGAAAUGUGCAAAAGGCACCAAAACGAGGCUAAAUCUUGUUUGCUGAAUUAACAUAAACGUCAGUAUUUUUAUUUAAUUUCCCAAAGAGAAUCCAUCGUGUUAUAUUUAUUCUUUGUAAAACUGUUAUUUGUGAAGUAUUCUAUAAGACGGUUGAUUGAUGCAUUGCAUAUUUGAUAUUAAUUUUGGAAGAAUUUUGGGAGAAAAAAGAAUGACAACUAGAACAAAGCAAUGAUCUUUCUACUGCAUCUUUCAAUCUUAUAAAAAAUAUAUCAUAUAACUAUAAUCUAGAGUUAUUUCAAUAGAGUUCAAGAGUUUUUAAUUACUGCAGUACAUGGGCAUUUUAUUCAAAAGCUUAAAUUUUCCGUCCUGUUGCCCACCAGCUUUCGUUUUAGGUCUCGAUUUUUAGCUGAUUCCGAGGCCUGCGUUUAUGAAAUGUUUUGACAUAAACAUAAACAUAAAAAACGAAUGACCUAACGUUUUUCACCCACGAAUAAGUGAAAUACGGAAAUACUGACGAAGUUUCAAUGUUGCUGUUCUCACCUAAAUUACUUUUAAUCGCUAAUUAAAACUGUACAUACUUGAUAUACUGUUAAUGAUUUAUAAAAGAUUAGUCUUUAGACUUUUCUUGAAGUCUGGAAAUUGUGAAUCCAAUAAAAUAAAUUGAAAUUCAAUCCUUUGAAGACAGGAACUAAUAAAAUGUGAAGUGGACUGGAAGAGAUCGACAGGAAGAGGCGAGACGCGAAUGUUGCGCGAAUAUUCAGAGUCACCAUUCAUAUGCUUUAAUUUUGUGAACUGGGACAACAGAAAUUAUAUGGAAAUUAAGUUGCGAAAUAAACACUGAGGUUGUAACCAAAGUUGGGUAGCGAAUUUUUCUUAUAAUUAUGUAUCGCCGCAGUUGACGAUAAUUCUUACAUAAUUUAAUAAUAUUUGACCGGAGAUGAGAACCAUCACUUCGCAAUUAAGUUUAUACAAUCUCCGGCUUCUAAUGUAAUUCAUUUUCCGCUAUUAUCUUUUCAGGAUACAGAAUUUGACAGCCGAAAAGACAGAUGUAAGACUUCAAUUUUGGGCGUGAAGGUCAGUUGUAGCCAAUUACAAUAGUAAAGAAUCGUCAAACAAAUUAUCUAUAAACAAACGACCAUUCUCUAAUAAGUGAGGUAUCUCAUGAAUAAUGCCACGUAUUUUUUUCGUACUUGAGCGUAGGUCAGUGUAGUGGGGUGUACGAGCUAUGAAAGUUAGACAGUUUUUUAAUUUACUAAAGUAGUUUUUUAUAAGUAACUACUUUUAUAAUCUUCAAGCUUUAUUUUCUUAGAAUACGUACAAACCAAAGAGAAUUUACAAGAAACCAGAAUCAUUUGAAAUUGCAGAUGAAGAAACAAGAGUGAAGACAACUUUACUGGAAUAUGGCUGGUAUAUUUGUUUUCAUUUCAAUUUUCAAAUGGUCGAUAAAAAUCGUAUUCCUUUCCCUCAUAUACACGGGGCGAGGUUGCACAUACACGAGGUUCCAACAUUAUUCAAAAUGGAAAAAUGGUUUGAAAGAGCCCUUUUCCAAUGUUAAAAAAUGCUGGAAAUAGUGUUGUAGAGAAUUUAAAAAAUUCAAAUUUUUCGUGGAGGAGCAUGCCCCUCACCCCCAUACUAUGCAUGUUCCUUACAUUGUAGUAUCCCCCCCCCCAAAAAAAAGAAAAGAAUCCUGGGUACGCCACUGAUAGGUGCCCGUGCCUUCUCUCCCCACAUCCACUUUUAAAUUCAUUACACGCUUGAGCGAGUGAGAUCAUAUACCUUGUAGGAGUCUCACUGAGCUAUGUACUGUACGUACUUGUAAUAGUACUUGUGACACUCGUGAGGAAAAGACAAAAGCAAUCAUGACCGUGCAGGAGUCUGUAUAUCUGAUACAAAAUCAUGCUGAUUUACAUAAACUUUAAGUUCAAUUUUCUCAAUAAAUAUCAUUCAAAAAUUUUUUUAAAUUGUUGAAGAAUAUGAAUGUUCUCAUUAAGGCUUUUCACAAGCCAUUUACAACAUGAGCGGCCGUGUUGUAUUGAUACAACACAACCCCUCAUGUUGUAAAUAGCGACUGGGUACGGAGUUAGUAUUAACAUCUGUUAGUAUGUAGCAUUUACUAAAGUUCAGCACUUACAAGACCUUGGUGUAAAUACAGAGGCAAGAGAAAGUACACCAACUUGGUGUAAAAAUACACUCACUGGUGUAUAUUUACACCACAAGUGUAAAUUUACACCUUUUUGGUGUAAAUACAGAGGCAAGAUAAUUUACACCGACUUGGUGUAAAAAUACACUCAUUGGUGUAUAUUUACACCGAAGUGUAAAUUUACACCUUUUUGGUGUAAAUACUGAGGCAAGAUAAUUUACACCAACUUGAUGUAAAAAUGCAGUCACUGGUAUAAAUUAACACUUGCGAAUGUGUAAAUUUACACUUUGGUGUAAAUACAGAGGCAGGAAUUUACACCAUUUUUGGUGUUAGUACAACACUCGGAGAUUUAGAGUGUAACCUUCACUAAACAAUAUACAGAAGAAUGAAUUGUGACGAAAUGUAGAAGAAUGAAUUUCCGUCAGAAUACACUCUUCGGAAAGUACGUCACCUUGGCGUAGAUACGUUGAGACGUUGGGAUUUAACUAAUAGCGGCCUUAAGCAUAUAGGACGGCAACGCGGCGACGACGGCCAAAACAAAUUCCUUCAAAUAAAUGAUCAGCCGUUCCGCACGUUGUAACCAAUAAUUUAUUGGCGUUGUAAUGCCAUUGUAUGCAAUAAAGUAUUGGUUACAAUGGAUUUACAAUUAAUCCAAACGCUAAUCCUAACUCAAACCCUAACCCUAACCCUAAUCCUAACCCCUAACCCUAACCCCACCUCCUAACCCUAACCCCACCUCCUAACCCCUAACCCCUAACCCCACCUGCUAACCCCGCAACCUAACCGCAAACCCUAACCCCGGCCUGCUACCCCUCCGUCCACCAAGCAAAGCCAGUUACACUUAUAACUAAAACUUUUGUGCAGUGGUUGUGGUUUUGUUUUCAGUUACAACCCAAUACUUUAUUGCAUACAAUGGCAUUACAACGCCAAUAAACUAUUGGUUACAACGUGCGGAACGGGUGCCCUUUCAAUUUGCUUAAAACAGAAGGAAGUAAAUUCAAAAUUUCGGUCGGAAAUUUCUAUAUUGAAACGAGACAUUUGCAACCAUGCCAACUUUUUGUUCAAUUCCUGGUUGCCAAAAAUCUACUGAAAGAAAGGACCUGUCCUCACAUGCGUAAGGCUCGUAUAAUCUCUUUUUUUUAAUAAUUUAACGCAAUGCUGUAUUGCUGUAUUGAAUGCGUAAAUUUGUGAAUUCAUGAAAUUUAUUGGCAAGCAACAUACAAUACAAUUUAUGUUAGUGUACUACAGUGCAAAAGCAGAACAAAAUUUUAAAAUGUUGACAAGCUUGUGGAGCUGUUGUUGAGCAAGUAUUUAUUUUCAUGCAAGUUGAUGGAUGUGAUGCAGUGAUGAAAUCUUAUCGAUAUCCUAACAGAUAAUGCUUUAUAAUGUUAAAAAAAUUCAAAUGAGAAUUUUAACAAUGUGAUAAAGAUACGACUAGCUUUAAAUGUACAAAGCCUUUCACUCAUUGUAUUGUCUUUAUUGUGGACUAAACCAUGUGUUGUCUAGUGUGGCAUUGUUUAUAAUAAUUGUAAGUUAUAGGUAUCGUAUUGAACAGUGUAUUAACUAGACACUAAAAACAAUUGUUCAUUUACUUCAAAGCUUUCCAGAUGAGAAGAGAUUCCCUGAAUUGCACAGCAUAUGGGUGAAGAAUAUAAGCAAACUUAUGCCAGACAGAGUGAAGUUUGUUCUUAUGAAAAAUAGUCGUUUGUGUUCAAAGCAUUUUAGUGCUGAUAUCUUUGAGGAGGAUUACAGCCAGAGACCAGUGUUAAAGCCAUAUGCUGUACCAACAAUCUGGUCAGCUUGGUUGUGAUCUUUACAGUUUAUUAUCAGUACAAUUAAUGGCCAUACUGUACAUGAGGGGUAAUUAACCCAUUAAGCGCCAGUGCUCUCCCCUUGACGAGUAAAAUUGUCUGGCGUUAGACAGAGUAAAAUACUAAAAUAGGGUGCUUCGCCACUCAAUGGAUUAAAUUUAUUCCUUAAUUUUUCUGCUAACAACUUUAAGUUAUUUGUACACAUUUUGGUCUGUUUAGCUAAGCCAAGAUUGCUACAUUUACAUUUAUUUUGACCAUUUGGGUUAGUGUACAAAUUAGGCUAGCAUAAUUACUGUAGGUGCUGACCAUCAAGUAGGGAUUGACAUGCAUAGAAUUGGUUGAGCAGUUUAUUUAAUUAAAUUGGUGUUGUAUGUGUUUAAAAUAAAGAAUAAAUUUUGUUGUGAUUUGAAAUUGAAUAUAUUAUUUAUUCUUAUUACUAAAUGUAAUUAUAUAAUUAUCUUGGAAAAUCUUUUUUUGAAUAAAAUAUUUUUUUUAAUAAUUCUUCACUGUCGUUCCAAUUGAAGUGUUCCUCAAAUAUUGAUUCAAUACAUUACCUUGGGCUAACCAAUUCAUUUGAUUAAGUUCCUCAAGAUAUUCAUACACUUCCUAGUAUAAUUGUAAACUUCCUGUUAAAUGGUUUGAAUGCACCAAUCACCUUUGUUGUUUGUGCAACUAACCAAUCAUAAAUAGAAAGGAAGUGACCAGAAAUGAUUAAAUACUUGGAAUUGGCUCUUUCACAGGAAGUGUAUGAAUAUCUGGAGGAACAUGAUGAAAUGCUUGUGUGAUGUUAUUCUGAGUGUAUAUCCACACCGGGCAGGCUUGAAAAAUAUGCCUGGCCACAGUGGGAUUUGAACCUACGACCUUUGGAAUACUAGCCCAAAUGGCAAUGCUCUGUCAACUGAGCUACGCGGUCAGGUCAGUUUGAAUCCCAAUGUGGCUUGGCAUAUUUUUCAAGCUUGCCCGGUGUGGAUAUGCACUCAGAGUAACAUCACACAAGCAUCAUAUUCACAAAUAUCAUGGUUAUUAGAUUACACUGAUAUCGAAGGAACUAGACUCAGUUCCGAAAUAUCGCAUACUCGAACUGCCCCGACUGUAUAGCUCAGUUGGCAGAGCAUUGGGCCAGUAUUCCAAAGGUUGUGGGUUCAAAUCCCACUGUGGCCAGGCAUAUUUUUCAAGCCUGCCCAGUGUGGAUAUCCACUCAGAGUACAUAACAUCACACAAGCAUCUUAUUCACCUGAGUACAUGUAUUACACCAACACAGCAAAUAUCUUGAUGGAAUGAAUUGGUCAGCCCGAGGUAAUGUAUUGAAUCAAUAUUUGAGGAACACUUAAAAAUAAGGUAUGAAUCGCAUAAAAUGCAGAUAUCAAAAUCAAACAUUGUAACUCGAGCAUAAAAAUGUGCAUAUUUGUUUUAAAAGGUGAUUGUUCCUUGAAUGUUCAAUGAAAUAGUGCCAUUGCCUUUUACAAGGAAGACCAUUAUAAAGAAAUACACUUGACUUUCUUCAUUGCCAUCUGGUACUUAAUAGUACAGAUAUCCCAUAUUUUCUUGAUAAAUUCAUACCUGAAAGCGGAAUACAUACAGGUGUAAAAAACUUUAAUGGUGAUAUAAGUGCUUUAUAUUCCAAAGAGUUGCUUUUCCCCACAAUUUACUAAUAGAAUAAACUGGUAUUAAAAUCUCUAAAAAAACCUUUGUCACUCAGGGAAAUUUAUAGCAGUACGGUUUUCAACAAGCUAUAUUUGCUUAAUUUUACUUGCUGGGGAUUGUUAUAAUACUCGUGUUUUAAAGAAUAAUGUUGAUAGUCAGUUCAGUUGCAACCAAUGGUUGCAACACAAAUUCACAAUACAACAAGAAUUGAUAAAUCAUUUCAAUGACUUACAUGCUUUGUUCUUGUGGCCGUCAAGCUCCAUUCAUGUCUUUUUUUAUUAAUGGCUUUCGGUCUUUAUUGAUUUAUACGCGCAGUUAGAAUAAUACUGCAUUUUCAAAAGGACGAAAAUCAAAAAUAUACUCUGUCGAUCAACUAAUAUAAACAUACAAAAUCACUGUAAAAUCCAGGGGGGGUUGAACUUCGUCGCCCACGAACAUUCGAGCCACGGGUCAGUGGAAACCCCCAUGAAAAUAGGUCGAUUGUGACGUCAAAUCCGCCAUGUUUUUGGCCACACACUUUCGUCGAGAGCACGAUCUCCAGAUAUAUAAGUAUAGCUCAGUGAGUCUAAAGUUCAUCAAUGAUCGCGGGCGUCACCAACGGUGUUGAGUGGGUGAUCAUCACUGAGCUCAAAAUAUGGCUGUUUGCCAGGAGUGAAGAAGGCAAAUAAUAUAAAAAAAUACAUGUAAAAAAGCUUGAAAAAUCGUUUCACAUAACAAAUUGUACAACUUUUUUGUAAUUUUUAAACGUAAACAUUAAUAAGAAUUGAUAUUGUAUGAGAAAUCCUAAAGUAUAGGGCAAGUUUGUUUCAAUUGUUUUAUGUAUGACUUUGUAUUUAAUAAUAUAGACUUUGGCCUUUGUUCUUGAUGUUCAAGUAUUUCCUAUGCAUUGUUUGCGAAAGUUUCUUAACUUUUGUAGAAGUUCAUGAUAAAAAGGAAAGCAAAUUAUUUUCAUUAGCGUCCUGUACGAAUUAAAUUUGUUUCAUUUCAAAGUGCGAGUAAUAAGUUGAAGCUCGAGUUGAGAAGUUUACAAAUAUCGGCAAAAAGCAGUUAAUUUCAAUUCACAUUUAAAAGCGUUUUAAAUAGAGUUUUGUUUUGAAUUUUACAUUAAAAUAAAGCCCAUAGAAACCAAAAUAUUAUACCUACUUUAUAUAUUUUAGAAAUUGAUAGUUCUGUAUUUAAAAUGUUCAAAUUUCAUCUAUUUUUUCCCGGUUUGUACAAAAAAUUAAAAAACAAUUAUCGUGUUUCCAUGACUAACAUGACGUGGCAAUGCGAGCCUGCGUUCAGUGUUGGCGUAAUUACGAAUACUUCAUGUUGAAACAAUGUUUGGAAAAUAUAGGCGAGGGGUUGUUGCAUGCAUGUAUUUCUAGUAAUUCGUAUGGAUUUAAUACAGUAUAAGAAGUUGAAAACUUGGCUUUAUAUUUGGGAAGAGUUCUACUGAACCGAAUUUUAAGUUGCACUUGUUACGGCUUGAAAUGCAGGCGUUGUAUAAAAGACGUGAAGAUCUGUGAUUUGCCGUUGUAAACAGACCGACGUCUAUGUCUGAAACUCCCCUUGCGACUUUUAAUUACGGUAUUUAUUUCUUUUCAUUGACUCAUUGUAUUGGUUGCCGUCGCCGUCGUGUUGCCGUCCUACAUGCUUAAGCUCCCUAAUGUCACACACACGAAAACCAGGCUCUAGUUAACAAACGGCGAGUGGGUCAUCCCACAUUAUGACGUUAUACUGUGUAUCUAUAGCUGAACAGACAACAGCAAAAUCUUAUCUAUUUGUUUUGUAAAAUUAAAAAGAAAACCCCCGAAUUAAACAGGUAAAUACUGUAGCUUACUUUUUGUCCACCCAAGUCGAAAUUUUACAAAUAUCACGCGUACAUGAUCUAUACAAAUCAGGGAAUGCUAUUGGAUAAGGUUUUGUGUGACGUAAUUCCGUAUGUCUGUCUUCUAAUAGAUCAUGGCUCUCGACCAAUGAAAGCGCUUGAAUUCUUAACGCUAUUAUAUAUAAAGCAAAAGUGACAUAUUUUCCGGCGGGGUGUAUUGUGACAAAAUAGAAGAAUGAAUUGUGACAAGUGGUGGUGAUAUGUUCUUUUCCUUUCUAAUUUCAGGCAAUAUGGGUACAGUAAAGAGCAAAAAGAAAAGGUGGGUAUAUCCGAAGCAUAUUAAUAACUUAGUUGAAAAUAGCACGUUUUCAGAUUAUACAUGCUGUAGUUACUAAUUAUUGCUUUAAAGAAAGAUGCAAAGAAAAGCAACAAGAAAACUCCUGGCGCCGAGGGUGGUCGUCCCAAGAGUGAAUCUAUAGAUAGCGUCGAAGAAGAAUAUAUAAUUGAGCAGGUACAUACAUUACACUCUAGUAUUUCCACAUGUCACAUUCUCAUCAGUAACUUAUUUUCCUUAAUGAGGGCGAUUGAGUAAUACUGCAAUGCACAGUUCAUGUAUGGUUACAAGAAGAUAAUACAUGUGAAUUACUACUGACGUUUCUUUAUAUAGUCAAAGGCCGGAUAGCGCUAUCCACCGGAUCAUUUUUUCAACCAUUGUAAAAGUUCUGGAAAAGUGAUAAAACUACGAAUAUGGAUCCCACAAUUAGUAAAAGACAACUUGAUUUUUUAUGUACUAAUUAAAGUAUAAUCUGUGUUAUACCAUAUACAGUCAAAGUCACUGCCGGUGGAUAGCGUUACUUAACAAAUAUAAAACAUUUUUCGUGUUGGUAUACAGUUAUAUCAACACAAGUGGAAAUUGGGGAAAUGAUUUGUUUUCAUGCAAUAGACCUUAUGCAUAAUGACGUCACAAGGCGUGAUGCCCAGGAGGAAUGCUGGUCUUAGCUCUUAUUUUCUCGGGCAAUGACUACUAAGACCAGCAUUCCUCGCGGGCAUCAAGCCUUGUGACGUCAUUAUACAUAAGGUCUAUUUCGAGUUUUCCCAAUUUCCACGAGUGUUGAUAUAACUGUAUAUCAAUACGGAAAAUGUUUUAUAGGUUUUUUUGUAAUAUAGCACAAAGAAAUAUAAGGAAAGAAUUUUCUGUGUUGACAUUGAGUUAUGUCAACACGGCUCUUAGCCAAUCAGCGUUCAGAAGUUACAAAUGCUAUAUUAUAACCGGCUUUCGUACAACCGGCCCCAGAUGUUUUUGAGUGAACGUUUGAUGACGCUUCUGUGUGUGGAAAUUACCCUUAAAUGUAUAAAGUGUUUUGCAUCAACGAAUUGUAACAUUUUUUUAAUGUGUUUCAGAAACGUAUCAACUCCUUGAUGAGCAACAUGGCGGCAAUGCAGGGCAAGGAGGUUAGUAUACACACAGGGUAUACUGUAGCUCCUGUUUCAGAUUUCGAAAAUAUUAUAUAUAGGAGUGCGCUGAGUUAUAGAUAUGGGUAUAUUUUUUUUACUAAUUACCAUUGAUCAUCUGAUCACAUUGUUGCAAUUAUACCUCCAAAUCAUGAUCCUUUGUAACAAAAAUGCCCAUCCCCUAUAGUAACAGAUCUCGCUUUUAAAUCUGAGAUCUGAGUACGCAGUUCGUGUUUAUAGUGUGUUGUAGCAACUACCCUAACAAAGUGCUCAAGGACAUCUCCAAUUUUUAUUUUCUGAACUUUUUAUUAACAAUUCUGCAUGUCUGUCGAAACCUUCAUAUUUUACGUAACCCCCAAAAUUGGCCACAUUGCUCCUUUUCAUUGUAGUUGUGAAUCUAUAUACUUGGUAGAUAGAUAAUUAGACAGAUACUGUAGAAGUUUUAUUAUGCUCAAAAAUGUGCAGCCCCAUACAAGUCUGCUGAAUCAUAUUCGAACUACAUGACAAUUUUAACUUAUGGAAUAACAAUUAUACUAUACGUUAGUAUUACCCAAAAUUACAAAAAAUAUUAAGAAAUUAUUAAUCACUAAAAUAUUUGUUAUAUUAACAUUUGCUGUUAAAAGGCUCUUCUGGAGUCUAUUUCUUUUGCCCACUGAACCAUUAAACAUGUGUUCUUCCUCAAAUUUACAGUAGUUUGAUAUAACGGGAUACAGUGUAUAUCUUGGAAAAACGAAUAAUUAACUUUUGAUUUAGGGUUCACUCUCAUCCAGUUUGGUUGGAUCAAUUGUUGGCUUGCAAUCAGAAGAAAUUUCACAAAUGGCUUCUGAGUAUGCUGAGAAG